AUGAAUGAAGAUGCAACUGUUAUGUAUCAGGGAGCUUGUGCUGCAUGCAAGCACCAGCGAAAAAGAUGUGACAUCAACUGCCCAUUAGCCCCAUAUUUUCCGGCUAGCAAACAUGAAGAGUUUCAAAAUGUUCACAGGCUUUUUGGUGUGAAUAACAUGCUAAGGAUUUUAGAUUCAGUCCCCGAUGAUCUCAAAGACACAACUGCUGCAACACUGAUCUUCGAAGCCCAGAUGCGGAGGGACUAUCCGGUGAAGGGCAGCGGCACUAUAGAAGCGAAAAUCCGAACCAUGAUAGAUGACGCUGAAAAGGAGCUUUUUCUUGUGAAGAAACAGCUCGCUUAUUGGAAGGAAACCACCAAAAUGUUGGACCAAAAGGAGCAACUCGAAACCGUAGUAAAUCAAUCUUCAUUAGCCCAUUUACCACCUCAUUUGGAGCAAAACAAUGAUGUUUCAGUACUGUUUCCUCACUCACAGCAUCAAAUCGGCACUCCAUUUGAUGCUGGUUAUUAUCAGCAACCACUGACAGCACUCGGACCACGGAACGAAACAACGUUCGAUUAUCAAUCCAAUCUGGAAGAAGGUGCAGAGAUCAAAGCCCUUGAUGCCCAGCCUAUGGAUGAAAUGAUGGGUUCUUAUCAGCAUGGUUAUGGUCUUGGCGAUUCUGCAGAACCAGGAGGAUCCAGGUAUGAAUUCCGGGAUCGUGGGAAGCUGCAGCUUGCUGUAAUUUCUGAUGAAGAUGAAGCAAUGGAAGAUGGAAGAUGA